GUCAAGGGGCCCCGGGUAACUGAGAAUUCCUAGCGUGACAGGCUCUCCGGUGCAAUAGACAGAACCAUCCAGUAUUGCAGGAGCCGUGUCUGUUCAGACCCUUUCAGCCCUGAGCAAUUAGAGGAACCUUCCCCAACCCAGCACCCUGGGCUGCUUUGAGCUCACUGAGUGACUUACCACAAAGGAAAGAGCGUCUCAUGGGGGAAGUUGCAGAGCUGUGGGGCGGGUCAUUUCUCUGCAGCCCCUCGGCACCAUCAGGGACCAGCCACUCAGCAAAGUCUGCCGUAUAACCCACUCCGGCUCUGUUCGGUCAGGACACCCGUUCUAUGGACUGACGGCCGCCCGCUCUGCCUGCCCCUCGCUGCCAGGAUGGAGGGGGCUCUGCGGCCUUCCCUUCUCUUGCUCCUGCUGGUUUCACAGCCCGGCGGGGCCGGCAAAGCUGCGGCAGGUGAAAUGGAGCUGAGCAGGAUUGUGGGGGACUCCAUCACUUUCCCUCUGGGGAUCCCAGCACAGCAACUUAUAACUGUUUCUUGGAUAGUAAACACAACAAGGAGUAUAGUAAUUGUAAUAGCAGGAAACCCCCCCAAUGUCAUUGUGUCCGACCCGUUCUACGAGGGACGCCUCAGAGUCCCUGCUGAGAGCAACUCACUUCAGAUCACCAGCCUGAGGAUGGAGGACACGGGCACCUACGGAGCUGAAAUCAGCACAGUUACAGGCACCAUCCACAGACCCUUCCUGCUGCGCAUGUACAAGCAAGUACCGGAGCCAACUAUCGUCUGUGACUCAGUGACGUGUGUGAAUGAAACCUGUAACUACAACCUACACUGCACCAUCAGGGAUGGAGGGGACAAUGUGACCUACAGCUGGACUCACACAGCAGGGGACGCUGUUGUACCCAAUGGGUCCAUUCUGCACAUCUCUCUCAGCCCCCGUGAUGCUCACCUGGCCGUCACCUGCACAGCCCAGAACCCCGCCAGUAACAGCACCACAACCGCCUCUGCAAAGGGCCUUUGUGCAGCUCACUCAUCAGCCCCGGCCUCCUCGCUGUCCUACUGCCACCUCAAGGGGAUCAUCCUGCUGCUGGUGCUGGGAGCCCUGAGCGCUGGGAUCAUCGCGGUGCACGUCCUCCCCGGCAGGGAGCUGAGAUGGGACUGAGAGCAGAGGAGCUGCCACUGCGACUGCCAAGCCCGCCAGCCCAAGGAUGCUCCGGGGGGCCGCUCACUCACAGCUUCCGAUGGGUGAAUGUCACUGAGUGGGAAGAGGGGAAGUAUUGGGUCCCUCUGUGUGGCGGGAGAUGUGGUGGAGAAUUGGCCCUGUUCAGUGGUGCCCUCUGGCAGCCACUGGCAGCACAACUGCUGCGCCUGCCUCAGUUUCCCCCCAUCGACCUUCUGAAAAGACCCCAGUGUCUAAACGUACCCCUACCUGGGGCUCAUUUAUUGUCCCAGCAUGUAAACAGUCCCUAGGCGCCCAGCCCACAGCUCACACAAAUCCCCGGACCCAGAGCUCACUGCUCAGUCCCCACGGCUGCUCCAGUGCCUGGUUCUUUCCAGGCUUCUGCACUCCACAGGGCCAUGAUCUUUGUACCUCUGGGGUA